AUGACAUCCAGCGAAGUAGCAAGAGGCGUGGUCGCGGUGCCUCCUGCAGGCAUCUCCACGCUCGGCCAUCGCCAAAUCGCGACUCUUCUGCGCCAAUGUGGUGAUUCCAAGUCCCUCCCGCGAGGGAAGCUCUUGCACCGCCGCCUGGCCGCCACCCUCGACCUACGCCACCACCCCUUGUUCAGCAAUCUCCUCAUCCUCAUGUAUGGCAAGUGCUCCAGCCUCCCGGACGCAUGGUCCGUCUUCCACGAUCUUGUCCACAAGAACGCCUUCUCCUGGAACAUCAUGAUCUCGGCGCUCUGCGCAAACGGCGAGAGCGCGCGAGCGAUUCAUCUCUUCCUCGCCCUCGCCAGCGAUUCAGUCGUCCGCCCCACCCACGUCUCGUUCGUCGCCGCGCUCGCCGCCUGCGCCAAUUGCCGCGAUCUCCAGUCGGGCAUCCGGAUCCACGCCCAGAUCGUCGCCGCGCCACCCGCGAUCGCGAGCAAUCCAGUCGUGUGCUGCGCCCUCGUAACCAUGUAUGGGAAAUGCGGCAGCCUGGCCGACGCGCGGAAGGUCUUCGAUGACAUGCCGCGCAAGACGAUAGUCGCCUGGAGCGCGAUGCUGGCUGCUUGCACCAGAAAUCCCGAUCAGGGCGGGCUCCCCGCUGCGAUCGAGCUCUAUCGCCAGCUCCGGGAUGCCGGCAUUGGCGCGGACGAGUACGUUUUCAUCAGCGUUCUUGAUGCCGCCGCCAAGCUGGGAUCCUUGAAGGAGGGCAAAGUGAUCCACGGGCACAUUCUCGAAUCGGGACUGGACGCGCAUCCGGAUGUCGCUGCUGCGAUCGUCAACAUGUACGGGAAGCUUGGCCGCUUGGAUCUGGCAAUGGAAGUGUUUGAUAGGAUGGAGGAGAAAAAGUUGGCUGCCUGGAACACUGCGAUUGCCGCAAAUGCCCAUAAUGGGCAGUUUGGAGCUGCGAUUGCUCUGCUGUGGAAGUUGGAUCUGGAAGGGAUCAGGCCGGAUAUGGUGACGCUGAUUGAGAUCCUGGCAGUGUGUUCUUGGAAGCAGGAUAUAGCACAGGGUAUAAAGAUCCACGAGCGUAUUUGCUCGUGUGGCUGGGAGCGUAAUGUUGUCGCUGGAACCUCUAUCGUCAACAUGUAUGGAAAGUGUGGCAGAAUCAAGGAAGCAAAGCGUGUUUUUAAUCAAAUGCACGUACGCGAUGUUGUGACUUGGAACGCUAUGAUCUCCGCGCUUGCCCACACCGGGCAUUGCAGAGAGGCCAUCGAUCUCUACAAGAAGAUGGACAUUCAAAGAAAUUCGAGCAGUUUCAUGAGCGCCCUCGGUGCUUGUGCAUUGCUAGGAUCCCUGCAAGACGGCAAACAAAUCCAUGCCGAGAUCAUUGCGAGAUUUGCCAGCUUGUCUCAUCGAUUUCUCGAGACUGGAGUGAGUAAUGCGAUGAUCAACAUGUAUGCAAAAUGCCAGCAAGCAGUCGAAGCAAAGAAAGUUUUUGAUUCAUUAAAAUUUAGAAAUGUGAUCACUUGGAACGCUACUAUUGCAGCAUUUGCCCAAAACGGGUAUUUCACAGAAGCCCUUGACUUGUACGAUUGUAUGGUUAAGAAAGACUCGUCCGUGCGUCCAGACAAUGUGACAUACGUGAACGCUCUCCACGCUUGCGCGGGACUGGGAUGGAUCGUCCAGGGCAGGGAUCUCCACUCGCGAAUCGCCGCGAGCGAGUGGAGCAGCGACGCAGUGGUGAUGAACAGCGUGAUGAGCAUGUUUGUGCGGUGCGGCAGCCCAGGCGAGGCCAAGCGCGUCUUCCAGGGCUUGAAGAACCGCUCCGCAGUGUCCUGGACGAUCGCGAUCGCUGCCACUGCGCAGCAAGGGAGCAGCAACGAGGCCGUGGAGCUGUUCUUGGGAAUGAUCCAAGAAGGCCUGGCCCCGGAUUCCUACGCAUUCGCAGGGAUUCUCUUCGCAUGCAGCCAUGGAGGGCUUCUCGACACCGGAUGGAGCUGCUUCACGUCGAUGCGGCAGGAUUUUGGCGUGGAUCCGGGAGCCGAGCACUACGGCUGCCUGAUAGAUCUUCUGGGUCGCGCGGGGCGAUCGAAUCAAGCCAAAGACCUCCUCCUCGCCAUGCCCUUCUCUCCGGAUGAUAUUUCUUGGACGGCUUCCGUGUCUAUUAGGUGA